AUGUUUGGGUCGACUUCUAAUAGUUCAGGUAGUGGGCUCUUUGGUUCAAAUAACAAUACUGGAAGUGGGUUGUUUGGUGGAGCAAAACCUGCUUCAACAGGGUUUGGUUCAACAACAGGAGGAACAAACCCUGGUUUUGGUGCUAAUACUUCAACUAACGCCAAUACUGGAGGUGGUGGGCUUUUUGGAUCGAAUAAUAACACCAAUACUCAAGGCGGUUCAACAAAUGCCACCAAUGGCGGUCUUUUUGGUUCGUCAAGCAAUGCAGGUGGUAGCAACACAGGUCAACCAGCUAGUGGAGGAUUAUUUGGUUCACAAAACAAUGCUAGCCAGCAAGCUCCUAGUGGAGGAUUAUUUGGAAAUAAUGCAAACAGUUCUGCCCCUAAUGCUCCUAAUGCCAGCGGUGGAUUAUUUGGCAAUUCCAAUGCCAACUCUAACAAUAAUGCCAACAAUGCAACGAAUCCUAGUGGAGGGUUGUUUGGAAAUAAACCGGCUUCAAGCGGAGGGUUGUUUGGAGCUUCAGGAAAUACCUCGAAUACUGGAGGGGGUCUUUUUGGCUCUAACAAUGCUAAUAAUAAUACUACCUCUGGUAACACAGGUGCUACUGGUGGUUUGUUUGGAAAUAAACCAGCAUCGAGUGGUGGAUUAUUUGGAUCAUCCAAUAAUACAUCUAAUACUGGGGGUGGUCUCUUUGGUUCCAAUAAUACUAGUGGCUCUACAGGGGGUGGAUUAUUUGGAUCUAAUAAUAAUGCCUCCGCGAAUACGAAUCAAGGAAGUGGCGGUUUAUUUGGCACUAGUUCAGGUAACUCUCAACAGCCCCCAAAUUCUCAGCAAACAGGAGGAUUAUUUGGACAAAAUACAACCAACAAUCAGCAACCAUCAUUCGGCUGGAGUAACCAAAAUCAAGCUUCCAAUCAAAUUUCACAACCGUUAUUCGAUACUAAAAAUAAGCUCAACAAUCCAAAUCUUAACAACCCUACUUCGACGUUAAAUUCAAACAAUAACGCAGCAUCAAGUUAUAAUAAUUAUACUCCCGCUAUAAAUGAUCAGUUAAUAAAAAUAAAAGAGCAAUGGGACCCUAACUCUGCAAAAUGUGCCUUGAAAACCCACCUCUAUAAUAAAUUGAGCGACCAGGAAAUUAAUUUUCUUUUAAAUCAACAAAGGCCAUCCAACGAAUCCCCAGAGGAUUGGGAUAAUGCAAUGUCAAAUAGACCUAGCCCUAAUCAUUACCCUACUAAGGUUACAUCUUUCACAGAUGUAGCUCAAAGGAUUGAACUUCAGUUGGAUCAAGUAGCAAAGUCGAGAAUUCUUUUGAAUGGAAUAAAUGAGAAACAGUCGUCCUUAUCAUCAAAGCAUGAUUUAGAUAACACCACUAGAAUACUUAAGGCCAAAGCAAGACACGUUAAAUUACUGAGGAGACUUUUAAGGUUGGCUACUGUUCUAGCAAUUUUAAAAUUGAAGGGUUAUCCAUUGUUACCUGAAGAGGAAGAACUUUCUAAACAAUUUGAUUUAUUAAACCAGAAGCUAAAUGAUCCAAGUGGAUCUUUGGGUAAAUUGAACGACGUAUUUGCAAGAUUAGCUAUUUUAAAAGAGCGGUCAGAAGAUUUAUCCUAUCAAUUUGACUCGUCAUUAAAUUCGAUGAACAACGCUCAUGGAAAUAAUCAAGAAUCUCAUAGUGAAAAAGAUCUUAUUGAUGACGGUAAGAAUAAUGAUGAAGUUAUCAAUAGAUUAUCUAAAUUACUUUUAAAACAACAAGUUGGUUUAAAUCAUUUAAAUGACGUUUUAGAGAAAGACUUAGAAUCUGUUAAUAAAUUGACUAUUAAAAACUAA